AUGAGCAAGUUCGGUGCUAUGGUUAUGGGCCCUGCGGGCGCAGGCAAGUCUACUUUUUGCGCCGCCCUCAUCACCCAUCUUAACCUUAACCGCCGUUCCGCCUUUUACAUCAACCUCGAUCCCGCCGCCGAGACUUUCGAACAUGAGCCCGACCUCGACAUCAAGGAGCUCAUCUCUCUCAAAGAUGCCAUGGAAGAAGUUGGCCUCGGGCCCAAUGGCGGUCUUAUCUAUUGCUUCGAGUUCCUCAUGGAGAACCUUGACUGGUUGACGGACGCUCUCGAGGGUCUGACCGAAGAAUAUCUCAUCAUUAUCGAUAUGCCUGGACAGAUCGAGCUGUACACCCAUGUUCCCAUCCUGCCGGCUCUUGUCAAGUUCCUGUCUCAGCCUGGAUCUCUCGAUGUUCGCAUGGCCGCUGUUUAUCUUCUCGAAGCCACAUUUGUCGUUGAUCGCGCAAAAUUCUUCUCGGGAACUCUCAGUGCCAUGAGUGCCAUGCUCAUGCUGGAGGUGCCGCACAUUAACAUCCUGUCCAAGAUGGAUCUUGUCAAGGGCCAGGUCAAGAAGAAGGACCUUAAGCGAUUCCUUACUCCCGAUGUAGGUUUACUCGACGAUGAUCCCGUCGAGCACACACGCCGUAUCGCAGAGGGCCAAGAUGCCGAAGACGACGAAUCAAAAGCCCCCGACGAGAAGGACCAGGUUAUGAAGGGUGCCAGUUUCAGACGGUUGAACCGCGCGGUGGCUGGCUUGAUUGAGAGCUUCAGCAUGAUCAACUAUCACAAACUGGACGUGGCCAACGAGGACAGCGUUGCUGCUAUCCUGAGCUACAUUGACGACUGCAUACAGUUCCAUGAAGCUCAAGACCCCAAGGAACCUCACGACGAGGAAACUGAAGAGUUUGAAGGCUAG